AUGGCGGAUGGCGACGACUAUCUCCAAGAGGGCUUCGACCCCCGCAGCGUGACCAUGCCGCGCUUGCGCUCGAUCCUCGUCACGCACAACGUCGACUAUCCGUCCACCGCAAAGAAGCCGCAGCUGGUCCAGCUCGUCAGCGACCAUGUGCUAUCGCAAGCGCCGAAGCUGAGAGCCGAGAGGGCAAAGGCUAAGCGGUCAAGUUACGGUAUAGUCAACGCUGGCAGCGCCGAUGACACGAGUACCUGGGCCGACCACGAGCUGCCGCCCCCGCGAUCUGCGCCGAGGCGGUCCAGGUCUCCGCGGAAGAGCUUGGCCAGGAGCAAGGUGGACGAUCCAGACGUCGAGCCUUCGCUGCUGAGUCCGCGGAAGCCAAGUUCGCGAUCCGCUAGCCGGCAGCUCUCUCGCGCCGAUGAUGAGGAUGCGCCGUCGGCAGAUGUCACGAGGUCUGCGCGCCGGAGUCGCAGAACCAUCACGCCGCAAAUCAAGGUCGAAUCAGAUGAGGACGGACAAGAGGAGGAGCCCCAACUCCCACAAGAGGAAAGGAGCGUCUUCACCGACGACAAUCCGUUCCAAAGCGGCGACGAUCUUUUCAAGAGCGCGAAAACACCCACCCGCCGGACAGAGGGGGGGCCCAACCGAAUCAGGGCCAGAAAGUCUGAAGUCGCCACACCUCGACCGCGCUCCGAAACGCCCGAGGAACCACUCGAACCUGGAGAAGAGUUUACGCCCGACGAGCAGUUGGAGCUGGAAAGGGCGGCCAGGGAAGGGGAGAUAUCUAUUGCUGAGCGGAAACCUCCUUCCCAAGUCGCCCGUCGGACGACUUCGAAAACGCCCUUGCUUGUCUUGUUCCUCGCAUUGCUCUCGGCGUAUGGGGCUUGGUAUCGGCAAGAGAAGAUUGCCGUCGGAUACUGUGGCCUCGGACGCCCAGCCAAGACGAUAUUACCGCCAGAGCUGCCGAUUCCCGAUGUUUUGGUGUCCCUGGUCGAACCUCAAUACUUCAUCCUGGAGCCGCACCCUCUGUCUCUGGGCGGCCUGGUCCCCCUUCCUCCCUCGUGUGAGCCCGAUGGCGAAAAGGCGCGGCGUGUACAUGCCGUGGCCGACAAGGCCAUCGAGGAACUGCGCGAGCGCCGUGCCAAGUUUGAGUGUGGUGAUUUGGUCCGCGAGACCGGACAGCCAAAGAGCUCACCAGCAAUCACCGAGGACGAGCUCAAGGAGAGCGUCAGCAAGAAGCGAAACAAGCGGCUAAGCAGGCAGGAGUUUGAUGAGCUAUGGACUGCGGCCAUCGGUGAGGUGGCCACCAGAGACGAGGUCGAGAGUACCGAGAGCGACGACGAACGAUUCUCGUCAACCUCUCUCGCUCGUCUUCCGCUCUCGUGCGCCGUCAAGCGAUCCGUCCGGCUUGGCCUGGCAAGAUAUCGAGUCCCAAUUGGACUUUUGAUUCUGGUCGUGCUGGCCAUCUUGUACCUACGCGCCCAGUAUCGUCGCCACCUGGCCACGUCGGCACAAGUGCCGGCCCUGGUGGACGCAGUCCUGGGCCGGCUCGCGAACCAGAAGGAGUUGGGAGAGGAGGACCUCGACGAUCCUUGGCUGUUUCUACCCAACCUGAGAGACGACGUGCUGAGGUCUGUUCAUUCCUUGUCUGAGCGAGAGAGAAUCUGGCAGAGGGUGAGGGCCGUUGUGGAGCAAAACAGCAAUGUACGGACCGGGCAGAGGGAAGGCCGCAGCGGAGAGGUCGGCCGCGCCUGGGAGUGGAUCGGGCCCAGCAGGGGUGAGGGCGCCAGGAGGAGACGCAGCGGCAGGGUGUCGUGGGCUCCGGGGGCGGGCUCUGAGUCCCCCGAAGGCCACGAGAAGACGGAGACGAAGAAGUGGGAAGAGUCAAGGCCGUAUUACUGA